CCCAAUGCUUUCGGAGGCGAAAUGUCACAGUGAAGAGCACGAGGUGUACGUGAGUCUGUUCGCACUGUUCACAAAAUGUGUAAAUAACAUAUUUCACAUUAUUAUUAUUUUUAAUAUACUUAAAGUUGUUGGGUUACGACAAGCUGCGAUCAGGUUUUUGUGGCUGUGACAUUUAAGUGAUUUAUGUUUUGUAAUAAGGCAGUUAGACUUUAUUUUUCUAACAACAGAAUGGUCACACCUUGGAGAAUGGCCCAUAUGCUGGCCACUCUCCUAUCACCUGCUACUUGCCAGGUUUGUCGCCAUGUUAGCCGAAAUACGCUUGGGCGGGUGUCUCAGAGGUAUUCUGAUUCCCAUCCAAAACAGAGACAACAGGAUGAUAUGUUUGAACAAGAUGAUACGGAUGCAGUGGAAGCCAAAUUGAAGUCUGUUGUGAAUGAAGAGAAGAGAAGGCAAAAAGCAGCCAAGUUCCACAAGAUCAAGAGGCAAAUGAACAAACCUGGAGCGGCAGAGAGAAUACUCAGCUGGAAAGCCAUUGAGCAGAUAAGAUAUUUAAAGCAGGAGUCCCCAGACGAAUGGACUAUACAGAAGUUAGCGGAGGGUUUCUCUGUAAGUCCUGACAUCAUCUCCAGAGUCCUCCGCAGCAAAUUCGCCCCAACAACGGAGCGAAAGCUCCAGCAAGACUCUAAAUUAUUGCCCAGUAUUGGGCAGCUGUCUUUCAGAGAUGACAAAGCUGGACACUCCAGGCUACCACUGCCAAAAAAUGCUACACCAGCCAUACUUGCAUCGGGAAACACAGGUGCACUAACAACACUGAGCAAUGGAGUUCUUUCAGUGAAGGAGGGUGAGACAGGACUGAUGCCCUCUGGUGGUAAUGUCCCAUCAGUGUCAAGAGUAACAUCUCAACUAUCGGCCACGCAGAAAGUGACACCUAUUUUACAAGAGAAGCCUGACUAUGUGCAAAAGACUACUGAAAUGUACGUGGGAGAUGCUAUUGAGUUGGAAGAUGAAUGGGAUGGAGUGAUUCUGACAGAAGAAGAACUGGAGCAGAUCGUGCAAACACUGCAGGAAAAGCCCAGUCCAGUGGAACAGAAGGGACAAGAGUUUUUUGACAGUGAUGGAAACUUCCUAUACAGAAUAUGAGUGAUUAAAAGUC